GUUUUGAGUGGCAAACGUGAAAUAUAUUGAGAAACCAAGUGACCAAACAUGCAAUUGAUCUACGAAUGCAUAAGAAUCUCAACCUCUUGCCUUACUCGUGGGCAAAAAGAGAAGAAAGGAAAUAGAGAGGAACAUUUCCGAGGGGAGGGAAAAGGAGACGAGAGAGAGAGAGAUCAGAAUUAGCAAGCAGUGCAGGCGUUGAUAGACCAUCUCGGAGAAUCAAAUUCCAACUCACGCAGAAAAGUGUUUGUCUUGUUUUUGUUUUCUUCUCUCUGGAGGAGCUGAGAGUGAGAGGUUUUGAGAAGGGAAAGAAAGCUCAACAUCUCUCCCUCUCUCACAAACUUACACUAUUGCGUGCUUCGUACGGUCUAUCAACUCCAAUCUGCAGAAUCGAAGAAUCCGACUAAAACCCACUUGUUUAUCUCUCUUUCCCCCCCCCCCCCCCCCCCCCCCCCCCCCCCUCUCUCUGCUUGUCCUCUUUCCUGUUCUUCGAUUGUUUCACCUCUCUUCUUCUGGGUUCCUGUUUUUUCGGAUUUUUUGUCCGUAACUUUUUUUCAGGUGUAGUUUGUAGGGUAUUACAGCGGGGUUUUAAAUUUCAAUGGAGACUGACAAUGGGGUUUCGGCGAAUAAUGGGGUCGGGAGCGGCGGGUCGUACUGGCUGGAUGCUUGUGAAGACAUCUCUCUUGAUGAUUUAGACGCUACCAUCGCUCAGGUUCCACUUGAUUUUGCUUAUAAUCCGGAGAGUAAUCUUGGUAAUGAUUUCUUUGGUGGGAUUGACCACAUCGUUGACUGUAUUAAGAGUGGGAGUGGCCUGCCUCUUCCCGUUGAUCCUAACUGUGGCCGGCCCACGACUUGCUUUAGUAAUGGAGAGGGCAAUGUUCAUAGACAUAAUGGGGUGGGUAGAGACAAGCUUUAUUUCAAUGGUGUCAAGUUGGAGCGUUUCGAUAGUGGACCUAACAUGUUAGAGGUUAAAAGGGAAGAGAGCUUGUUGGUGAGCUCUAAUGGGAGAAAUGGAACGACUGAAAAUGGAUUGGUGAGGCCAAGGAGCUAUGACGGUGGACAAAGUUGUGGGAAGAGGGCUAGGUUUAGUAAUGGCUGCCGAUACAGUAGACAGUAUGGUGAUAGGCAGCAUGACUCUAGAGAAAGGGAUGCUGGUUCAGGUAGGAAGAGGGGACGGGGUUGGAAUGAUAUAGAGCGGAGGGAUCAUAUUCGCAGAAAAGAUAGAUACGGUGGUAAUGGCAGGAGGGAUGGUAGAGAAAGGGGGUGUAGAGAGAUUGAUCAUAGGGGUUAUUGGGAAAGAGAUCGUUUGGGAUCGAACGAGAUGGUUUUCCGGCCAGGUACUUGGGAAGUGGAUCAUCACAAUGGUGAGCCAAUGGCUAAUGGUAAAAACCAGCCGGAGUCUGAUGAGAAGCGGGAGUUGAAAUCUGAAGAGCCUGAGGAGAAAGUUCCCGAGGAGAAAGCCCGCCAAUACCAGUUGGAUGUUCUUGAACAAGCCAAGAAGAAAAACACUAUAGCUUUUCUUGAGACCGGGGCAGGGAAGACACUAAUUGCUGUACUGCUCAUGAAAAGUAUAUGUAGCGACUUGCAGAGGGUGAACAAGAAAAUGCUCGCAGUAUUUUUGGUUCCCAAAGUUCCACUUGUUUAUCAGCAAGCAGAGGUUAUUCGUGAACGUACUGGCUUCCAAGUUGGUCAUUACUGUGGUGAAAUGGGUCAAGACUUCUGGGACACUAGAAGAUGGCAGCGGGAAUUUGAAACAAAGCAGGUUUUAGUAAUGACAGCUCAGAUUCUGCUGAACAUCCUGAGGCACAGCAUAAUCAAAAUGGAAGCUAUAAAUCUUCUAAUUCUGGAUGAAUGCCAUCAUGCUGUUAAGAAACAUCCCUAUUCGCUUGUGAUGUCAGAAUUUUAUCAUACAACUCCAAGGGAGAAGAGGCCAUCUAUUUUUGGAAUGACUGCUUCUCCUGUUAACUUGAAGGGUGUUUCAAGCCAAGUGGACUGUGCAAUAAAGAUCCGUAAUCUGGAGAGUAAACUUGAUUCUGUUGUUUGUACAAUUAAAGACCGGAAAGAGCUGGAAAAGCAUGUCCCAAUGCCCUCAGAAGUUGUAGUGGAGUAUGACAAAGCUGCGAGCUUAUGGUCACUGCAUGAACAAAUAAAGCAAUUGGAAGUUGCUGUUGAAGAAGCAGCACAGUCCAGCUCUAGAAAAAGUAAGUGGCAAUUUAUGGGAGCAAGGGAUGCUGGCGCCAAAGAUGAGUUACGGCAGGUUUAUGGUGUCUCUGAAAGAACCGAGAGUGAUGGUGCUGCCAACUUAAUUCAAAAGUUGAGGGCAAUCAAUUACGCUCUUGGUGAACUUGGUCAGUGGUGUGCUUACAAGGUUGCUCUAUCCUUUCUGACGGCUUUGCAAAAUGAUGAGAGGUCAAACUACCAGCUUGAUGUCAAGUUUCAAGAAUCCUAUCUGGAAAAGGUUGUGUCCCUUCUAAAAUGCCUAGUAGCAGAAGGAGCUGCUGUAGGAAAAGUUCCAGAAGUUCCAGAGAAAGAAAAUACCAAUGCUCAAACUGUAACGAAUCCUGUAGAAAUGGAGGAGGGCGAGCUCCCAGACAGUCAUGUUGUGUCUGGUGGAGAGCAUGUUGAUGUGGUAAUUGGAGCUGCAGUUGCUGAUGGAAAAGUGACCCCGAAAGUGCAGUCACUGAUAAAGAUACUGCUCGGAUACCAGCACACAGAGGAUUUCCGCGCAAUCAUCUUUGUUGAGCGGGUCGUUACUGCUUUAGUUCUUCCCAAGGUCUUUGCAGAGCUUCCCUCUCUUAGUUUCAUCAGAUGUGCUAGCUUGAUUGGUCACAACAAUAGUCAAGAGAUGCGGACAAGCCAAAUGCAGGACACAAUCGCAAGAUUUCGGGAUGGCCGUGUGACUUUGCUGGUUGCUACUAGUGUUGCUGAGGAAGGACUUGAUAUUAGACAAUGCAAUGUUGUAAUCCGUUUCGAUCUUGCAAAAACUGUUCUGGCGUACAUUCAGUCAAGGGGCCGUGCAAGAAAGCCUGGUUCAGAUUACAUCUUGAUGGUUGAAAGGGCAAACCUAUCUCAUACAGCAUUUUUAAGGAAUGCCAGGAAUAGUGAGGAAACUUUGAGGAAAGAAGCAAUUGAGAGAACUGACCUGAGUCAUAUAAAGGAUACUUCAAGAUUAAUUUCUGUAGAUCCAGUACCAGGAACUGUUUACCAGGUGCCUUCAACUGGUGCUGUUGUGAGCUUGAAUUCUGCUGUUGGACUUAUCCAUUUUUACUGCUCCCAACUACCUAGUGACAGAUAUUCUAUUCUUCGCCCCGAGUUUAUUAUGGAAAGACACGAGAAACCAGGAGGUCCUACUGAAUAUUCGUGUAAGCUCCAACUUCCUUGCAAUGCUCCAUUCGAGAAGCUUGAGGGACCCAUCUGUAGCUCAAUGCGCCUUGCACAACAGGCCGUGUGUUUGGCUGCCUGCAAGAAGCUCCAUGAGAUGGGAGCAUUUACUGAUAUGCUCUUGCCAGACAAGGGAAGUGGGGAAGACAGAGAGAAGGAUAACGAUGAAAGUGAACCACUUCCUGGGACUGCUAGGCACCGAGAAUUUUAUCCUGAAGGUGUUGCUGAUAUACUUCAGGGUGAAUGGAUCUUGUCAGGAAAGGAUGCUUGUGCUGACUCAAAGUUGUUUCGGCUUUACAUGUAUGCUGUUUCAUCUGUUAAUAUUGGCACUUCAAAAGACCCUUUUAUAAGUCAAGUUUCAGAAUUCGCCGUGCUUUUCGGCAGUGAGCUGGAUGCAGAGGUGUUAUCGAUGUCGAUGGAUCUCUUUAUCGCUCGAACCAUGACAACAAAGGCAUCUCUUGUCUUCAAGGGAGCAAUGGAAAUUAAUGAAAAUGAGCUGGCUUCCCUAAAAACUUUUCAUGUUAGAUUGAUGAGUAUUGUAUUGGACGUGGAUGUUGAACCUAACACUACUCCAUGGGAUCCUGCAAAAGCAUAUUUGUUUGUCCCUGUGGUUGGCGAUAAGUCUGUAGAUCCUGUAGUUGAAAUUGAUUGGGAUCUGGUUAAAGAAACAUCUUAUUCGGAUGCGUGGAGCAAUCCCCUUCAAAGAGCUCGCCCUGAUGUCUAUCUUGGUACAAAUGAGAGGACACUUGGUGGAGAUAGGAGAGAGUAUGGAUUUGGAAAAUUGCGGCAUGGCAUGGCUUUUGGGCUAAAAUCCCACCCAACUUAUGGCAUAAGAGGAGCUGUUGCUCAGUUUGACAUUGUCAAAGCUUCUGGAUUGGUUCCUAACCGAGAUGUGGAAGGAACACCAAUUGUAGGGUCAUCCAAAAGCAAACUCAUGAUGGCUGAUUCAUGCCUUCACGCCGAGGAUUUGGUAGGUAGAAUAGUAACUGCUGCUCAUUCUGGGAAAAGGUUUUUUGUGGAUUCUAUACGCUAUGACAUGACAGCAGAGAAUUCAUUCCCAAGGAAAGAAGGUUAUCUCGGUCCGCUUGAGUACAGCUCAUAUGCCGAAUAUUACAAACAAAAGUAUGGAGUUGAAUUGAUGUACAAGUGUCAACCUUUGAUAAGAGGCCGUGGCGUUUCCUAUUGCAAAAAUCUCCUCUCCCCUAGGUUUGAACACUCUGAAGCUGGUGAUGGUGAAACAGAGGAGUGUCAUGACAAAACAUACUAUGUGUUUCUUCCUCCCGAGCUGUGUUUAGUGCACCCUCUUCCUGGUUCUCUGGUUCGGGGUGCUCAGAGACUACCGUCAAUUAUGAGAAGGGUUGAGAGCAUGCUCCUUGCUAUCCAGCUCAAGCACAUAAUUAAGUACCCUAUUCCUGCUUCAAAGAUCUUGGAAGCUUUGACUGCUGCUUCAUGUCAAGAGACAUUCUGUUACGAGAGAGCAGAGCUUUUGGGAGAUGCCUACCUAAAAUGGGUCGUCAGUCGAUUUCUUUUUCUAAAGUACCCCCAGAAACAUGAGGGCCAACUUACAAGAAUGAGGCAGAAAAUGGUCAGCAACAUGGUUCUGUAUCAAUAUGCACUGAUCAAAGGCCUUCAGUCUUACAUCCAAGCCGAUCGUUUUGCUCCAUCUAGGUGGGCCGCUCCUGGAGUUUUGCCUGUCUUUGAUGAAGAUACAAAGGAUGAACACUCGUCCUUAUUCGUCGAGGAGAAAUCAGGUGUGUUGGAGAAAAAGCCAGUAAUAGAAGACAGUCAUGUUGUUGAUGAGUAUGAAGAAGAUGAACUUGAAGAUGGGGAGCUUGAGAGUGACUCUAGCUCUUACCGAGUACUCUCUAGUAAAACACUGGCAGAUGUGGUAGAGGCUUUAAUUGGAGUUUACUAUGUUGAAGGUGGGAAAAUUGCAGCAAACCAUCUUAUGAAGUGGAUAGGAAUACAGGUAGAGUUUGAUUUUGAAGAGACAGAUGGGGUAAUUCAGUCAACUAAAGUACCUGAAAGUAUUAUAAGGAGUGUUGAUUUUGACAAACUUGAAGGUGUUCUGAAUCACAAAUUCAGCAAACGGUCCCUAUUGGUAGAGGCCAUAACUCAUGCUUCUAGACCGUCUCCUGGAGUUUCCUGCUACCAAAGGCUGGAGUUUGUUGGUGAUGCAGUCUUGGAUCAUCUCAUUACACGGCACUUGUUCUUCUCAUAUACAGAUUUACCUCCAGGUCGAUUGACAGACUUGCGUGCUGCUGCUGUAAACAAUGAAAACUUUGCCCGUGUUGCAGUAAAGCGUAAGCUCCAUGUGCACCUCCGUCAUGGAUCGAGUGCACUAGAAAAGCAGAUACGGGAUUUUGUAGAGGAAGUUCAAAACGAAGUGUCGAAGCUGGAGUUCAAUUCUUUUGGAUUGGGAGACUGCAAAGCUCCAAAAGUUCUUGGUGAUAUUGUGGAAUCAAUUGCUGGUGCUAUCUUCCUCGACAGCGAACUGGACACUGGAGUUGUUUGGAAGGUUUUCCAGCCUUUAUUGGACCCAAUGGUGACGCCCGAGACACUUCCGAUGCAUCCAGUGAGAGAGCUGCAAGAGCGAUGCCAGCAGCAGGCUGAAGGCCUGGAAUACAAAGCCACUCGAACUGGCAAUGUGGCCACUGUCCAAGUUUUCAUAGACGGGGUCGAGGUGGGAGUUGCUCAGAAUCCUCAAAAGAAGAUGGCACAGAAACUUGCUGCUAGAAAUGCACUAGCUAUUCUCAAGGAGAAGGAAACUGCCGCUGAUGACGACAAGGUCGAUCAAGACGAGGAGGGGAUGAAGAAGAAUGGGCACCAUACUUUCACAAGACAGACCUUGAACGACAUCUGCCUGCGUCGGAACUGGCCUAUGCCAUUCUAUCGGUGUGUUAGUGAGGGUGGUCCGGCGCAUGCAAAGAGGUUCACGUUUGCUGUUCGAGUGAAUACAAAUGACAGAGGGUGGACCGAUGAAUGCAUCGGAGAGCCGAUGCCAAGUGUGAAGAAGGCCAAGGACUCUGCUGCGGUUCUUCUCCUUGAACUCCUCAACAGACGGUACUCCUAAUGUCCAACAGCAUAUAUACGGCGGUAAUGGAGAAUUGUUGUGUAAUAAAAGCAGAACAGCACUGUAAUCUGCUGCGGCUAAGUUCUAAUCCGUCGCUGCCUAACUGACUUUUUGGAAUGGGCAAUCUAGCAAGCAAAACAUGGAUUCUUGUUCUUCUCUCUUUAUCCACACACACACACACACUCUCUCUAUGGCCUAACUUCUCUAGUUGUUUAGGAGACGAAUAUAACCUUGAUUGCAAACCCUUAUUCUCUAUAUCUAAUUGAUGUUUAUCCCUUGUAUUGGCCAAGCUUUAGGUUUUGUUGGUGUUGACCUACGAGGGAGCAAUCCAAUUAGGUUAAGGUGAAACACAUCAAUUGAUGGGCUAUUAUCAAUUGCAUGACUAUUGAGUUUUUAAUUCCUCUUGCUCUGGAUAAAAACCCUUAAUUGACAAUCUAAUCUUUAAAGCUAUGAGUGGUUAAUUGGGAAGAGGAGACCACCCUAUCACUUAACCAUAUCGGAAGAGAAUUUAGAUGCACGAUCAUUGAUUCAAAGAAUACUAACAAAUUAUUGACAAUUUAUAAGAUAUGAUGAAUCAUAUUUGGUUUGCAUCAAUCACAUUUUGAUUUAUUGCCAGAGGGAUUCGAUCCUAAACAACAUCUCUUCUCUAGCGGUCUUCACCUUAGUUAGUUGUUUAUUUCUUGUGUAGUUCACUUUAGUUGACAAACAAAACCAAAACCCUUUAAAUUGACUAGAUAGUAGUUCGAAGUCAAGAUUAUCAAUAACCCUAAAUACCCUCGUGGAAUACGACUCGAGCAACUAUACUACGAGUUCAGCUUGGGUAUGCUUGCCCUUGCUAAGCGAAGGAGUAUCUAUGCAACAAUUAUCUUUUUCUUUUUUUUAUAUUAUCGACCACUCGCUACCACCCUUUAUCUCCUUCGUUUUGACUCAUUUUUUCAAAUUGUUUGUACAAAAGAAACAAGUUUUUUGCGAUCUAUAAAAUGAUAUUCAUUCAACAUAUAUUAGGAAAUGAUUUUUUUUACCAUUUAUACCACCUUCUACCAUAUGAUGAUGAUAGAUCGUGGUUAGUUCAUACCUACCAUCAUGUAUACUAGCUAUCUACAAUAUGAUAUAUUUCUAUACCACCAUAAGGGUGGAAAAGAAAAGAAGCGGUACGAUUAUCCUAAUGCCUAAUCCUAGCCGUUUAAAGAAGAAGAAGAUGACAUUUGAGUUCCCUUUUUGGUGCUUGUUUUGUUUUUGGUUCCCCGUCCUAUGGCUUUGGGUUCCUUAUCGCUUGAUUGUAACUAGGUCGUCUCAAGGGAAAGUCACGCUCAGCGAAGAAGUAAACUAUUGCACCACAUACGAAUCUGGUUAACAAAAUAUUGUGUUGUCUAAUUUAUGUUCAUUCUUAAUCCAUCUUCUCUAUCAUCAUCAACAAGCUCGAUAAUCCAUUGAUUCAUUCUCGAUCAAGAUCCAUUCGAUGUCUCAUUUGACUAAGUUUGAAGUUACAUGAAAUGUAGUCUUUUGCGUCAACUUCUUCAGGUGUUAGUCAAUCGAGUGGAUGGCAUUUUAUUUAUUUUUAUCAUUCUUAAUUGCUGCAUUUUCCUAAUUUAGACUAACAAUUGACAUGAAAUCAAUAUAACUAUUUUUUUUUC